AUGAGCAAAGGAGAACCCGCAAAAGUAGUGGCCAAGGUGAAGGAAGAGGAACUAAAUGACCUGUAUGAUUGGAUCAGCACUUUCAACUUCUCCAGAAAAAUAAAAAAUAUCCACAGAGAAUUCUCAGAUGGAGUUUUAAUGGCAGAAUUGGUUAAUAUAUGUUUACCCAAGUUAGUUGAACUGCACAAUUAUAGUAAGGCAAAUUCAAUUAGCCAGAAAAGGUACAACUGGAACACAUUAAAUGAGAGGGUUUUUAGGAGGCUGGGAUUUCGGAUUGACAAAAGACAUGUGGAAGAAAUUGUAAAUUGUAAAUAUAUGGGGGUAGAGAAGGUGCUGAAUACGUUUAAAAAUCAGCUGCAUAAAUUCCAGAACUCUGAAAUGGAGGUGGACGCUUCGGGCAGUUUGGGAGAGGACCAGGCCAGGCCAUUUAACGAAGAAGAGUCUCCCCUGGCCGAGGGUGCAGGAGACCAAUCAGGGCAGGUCCUUCCUACGCGGGAAAAUAACAAACGGGGGGAAGAAAGCGCCGAAUUCCUGAACGACGAAAUCGUGAAGAUCCUGCGCGACAAAAUCUUCAACUUGGAGAAGCUUCUAAAGAUAAAGGUGGGCCAGAAACAGUAG